AUGCAGCUCCCAUCAUUUGCCGCUGCUGGUUCCCUGGUCCUCAUCGCUCUCGCCAGAAGCGUUCAGGCCUGCGACGGCUACCUGAACUGCCAUUGCUACAACAGCAACGGCAAAGCCAACGAUACAGCGACGCAGAUAGUCUGCAACCGCUACGCCGCCAACCAGGCAAAUAUGACCGACGCCAACGAAUGGUCUGACGGCGCCAAGUAG